AUGGAGCACAUCCACAUCGCCGCGCUCCGGCCGGACCUGGACGCGCUGGAAUCGAAGCAGAUCAGAGCCGUGGUCACGCUCAUAUGGCCGUACUCGUCGUCGCAACGCCAGUUUGCGCUGCUGCUCGCCGAGCCGGACUUCCGCCUGCGACGCAGGAAGGGCCAGGUGCGCGCCCGCUUCGCGUCGACAAGCGCGCGGGCUCUUGCGCAGACGGGCGUGGGCAUCGGGGACGAAGUAGUGCUCAGCUUGCACGGCGCGCAGUUUGUGCACGAGGGCGCCGUCAGCACGCCCGGGAAGAGCAUCGACUGGGAGCUUGCGUUUGCGCAGACCGUCGCCAUCUCUGUGCGACGCGACGGAGUGGAGCGGGCCAACCUGGAGCUCGUCGAUGCCGCGCCCACGCCUGCGCCGCGGUCGCCCGUGAAGAAACCCGCAUCACUGCCCAGCCCCGUGCCGCAGUGGUCGUCCCCGGCGUUCCUGAAGCGCGCGCGCCUCUCCGACGGCUCCUUCGCACCGCCCGGCUUCGAUCCCUGGGCCGACGACGGCGGUGACGGCCACGACAAGAAGCGCCGCCGCAAGUCCUACAGGGACUGGGCCGCCUGGACAUACACCGCGCGCACGCCGUCGCCCGAGAAGGAAGAUGCAGGGCUGGACGACGAGCUGGCCGCGGCGCUGUCUUCGCCAAGCCGGCGCCCGCAGCUGCCCAAGACGCCCGUCUCUCCGUCGAGAACGGAGCCCACCUCUGUCGCUGCUGUGCCGGCAGACGACUCCGACUACGUCGAGGAAACCACCAUAGCCGACAGUGCCGAGGGCGACACAACCGUCGACGACGGGGAGCUACAGAAGAUACACGUUCCGAGGAGCACAAGUCCUCCGCGUCUCGAGGCUGCCGUCGAGCGUGGCGGCGACUAUUACCAUCUGCACACGGGGGCCGACGAAGAUGCACCAGAUUCACAAUACGAUUUUGGGGGAGAUACCGAGCUUAAUACCGAGGACGAGGACGAGGACGAGGAUGAGGAUGAGGAUGAAGAUGAAGACGAAGACGAAGACGAAGACGAAAACGAAGACCAACACGAAGACUCUAUUAUAGCAGACAUUGCUCCGGCUAGUGCAGCAGAAGUAGACAGUGACGCUGAGGAUAUUGCGGCAGACCACUCUGGACAUCUUUCGACUGAGGUCGAGGGUACCACCAUCGAUGAAUCACUUCCGGAAGUUGAUGAGUCUGCCAUCCUCGUCAACGAGUCUGUCGCUGUGCCAAUGCCUCCACCCAGCCUGCCAACCUUGCACACCGACUUCGCCGUCUCCGCAACAAGCUUCUUGACUCCAAUCGGCAAAGAGCCGUCCAGUCCAAACCUCAAAGCUGUAGACUCAGCCACCCUGCCACUGCCUUCGCCGUUCCCUGGCGAGCAGGUCGCCUCGUAUUUCGAGCAUGUCUCAGUCCAGCAACAGGCUCCUCUCGACGGCAUGCCCGUACAGGAAGAGACAGAGGCAGACAUUGAUGCGGACUAUAUCAUGGAGACAUCCUUCUUCAGUUCAAUCAACUCAUCAAAGGCGGGUGGACUCCACCAGGAUCACGAAACCGCCUUUACUCCCUUGCGCUUCGCGUUUGGAGGAGACGGGGCUGGCUGGUCGCGUCCACUGGAGCUGUCUUCUCCGCCCCCAGAAGAAACCAAAGCCAACGCUGAUAACACCCCCCCAUUGGCACCGCCUCAAUCUGAAGGCGGCGAAGAAGUUGCUAGCUUGCCCGUGGUCGAAGACUUAGAUGUUGACGAGGCGAAUGCAUCAAGUGAUGCAACCAACCUCCGCCUGCCCUUUGAACAGCCAUCAUCCCACGAAGCUACUGCUCCGCUAGUCGAGGCUAGUGCGGCAGCGAAGUCCUCGAAUGUGAUCCACCUGUCCUCAGAUGUGGAGUCUGACGGGAGCGAAUACGAAGAGGACGUCACGGCUGAAACCGAGGAAGAGCAAGCCGUGGAUGAGACUGGGUCGGAGAGUGAGAACGAGGAGCAUGGUUCUGAGUCUGAACAAAAUGAAGCUGAAGGAAGUGAAGCCAAUGCUGACGAGUUGCUUGACAGUAGCCAGAUGCGGACGGAGACAGACACCUCCAUUGAGAUAGAAUCGGGACCUGUGGAUGACGGGUCUCAUCCCCGAGAUAUAGUCUCUGGUAACACCCAGGCUUCUGCGACUGUCUCAGAGAUAGUUGAUCUGGGGUCACCAUCAGCGAGCGACGACAGUGAUAACGAGGAAGCCGAGGUUGUGACGGAGCAAGAUGUUGUGCUGGCUGACGACAGCAGCGAUGUUGUAGAAUCGCAUGGCCAAACAGGCGAUACCGGUAUCGACUUGGUGGACGACUCUGACUUGGUUGUUGAAUCGACAAAUAAGCCUUCAACUGAGACUGUUCCCAAUGUUUCGGAUGACUCUGUCGGUAUAGAGGGUGUACCAGAGCGCUCUGGAGCUCCGUCUUCUAGUCCAGAGCAGCUUGUCGAUACCGGCCAUCCUGAUAUCAAGCUGGAAUCGAUCGAGCAUGUACCUUUCGACCCAGUCGGUGAGCCAGUGUCACAGGAUGUUCCACACGGGGGCACUGACCCAACAUCCGAACACGCGAUGCAUGUAUCUGAGGUUGGAUUCAAAACUGAAACCCCACGACAAAAGUCAGUCCCAGUGUCGACUCCUGCUAGGAACACAAGGUCGAGAGCAAAGUCUGCAGCCUCGCCGCUGGAAGUCGAUGGGUAUGUUUCUAGGCUGAGCACGAGUACGCGGCGUACAAGGUCAAAAGCUUCAUUUGAUUCUACAGAUCGUGAUAAUACUUCGCCAACGCAUAUGCGAGUACCGCCAAUGUCAACGCCUAGUCCUACACGAGAGGCAACGCAGACGUCGCCUUACAGUCUCCGCUCAAAGUCGAAGCACCGGUCGCCUGACGAUGUGAAGUCCUCACAGAUCGUUCCGGUUCGCAGGAGCCCUCGUAACGUCGUACGCAGAGACGACGACUUCGACAUCGUUCCUUCUCAAGCGUUAGCCCGCGAUGUACUUGGCGGCAUGUUCGAGCCUUCACAAGAGCCAGGCUUUGGGUACUCACAGCUGUCACAAGGAAGGUUCUCCGACAUAGGCCUAGUGAAGGACUCCGAAGAAGACACAGUGCACUCCGAAAGCUCGCUGUCUACUGUCGAGUACUCUGAUCCAGCGGAAGUCAUUGACAAUAUCCAGCCUGCUACGCCUCGACGCAAGCCACCACCAGUGAACAUUUCGAAAACGCCAAGUCAAACACGUUCACUGUCACACUCGGUCGGGCGAGAAAUCACAGUUGUAACACCAGAGCAGCCACUCAGACGGUCGCCCAGACUUACACGUUCCACGUUUUCGGCAACCCCAAGCCCUCGCGUUACGCGCGCGACAAGAGACCUUGUACGAGUAUCAGCACCUGAUGCAGUCGAGGAGGACGAAAGCGACAGAGAGACAUCAGUUCAUCCUACAUUGCCAAUUGGAGUUCAAGACGAUGUUCGAAGCUCUUCACCAGCCGCACCAGCCUCAGCACAACGUGAAAGCAACGUCCUGACACCAGAUGAUACCCAACGAACAGCCCUGGAGCCGCCAGUCUCCUUUCAAGCCCGCCAACCCGAGCAGAGUCUCAUCACGCCGGAACUCACGCAACUAACGUCUGCAAGUGCAUCCUUGCCCGCUGCUGACGUACGGUCCUCGUCACCCAUCCAGCAAUCCUCCGACGUCAUCUCCUCACCCGCAUCACCCCCAAACAAAACCGACCCUCCCUCCAUCGGCCUCAGCACGCCCCUGGCAUACUACACACCCCUGCGCGACCUAAUCUUCUUCCUCAACCGCAGCACCCACUUCCACAGCGCAACCAACCCGGACAUCCUCGCGCUCUGCACCGCCCCCAGCACGCCCCCAAGCAAAGCUAAAUCCGGGCCCCGCCACUGGUCCACAACACUCACCCUCACAGACCCGUCCAUCCACCCCGCCGCCCGCACCGCAACGCUCUUCCGCCCCUACCGCGCCGCACUGCCCGUCUGCGACGCUGGUGAUAUUGUGCUGCUGCGCGCCUGUGCGGUCGAGAGUCGCGGCGGUGUCGCGGGCCUGCGGUCGGCGGACGAGAGCGCGUGGUGCGUGUGGCGCUUUGGCAGGCCAGUUUGGGGCGCCAAGAAGGGCGGGUUUGGGGAGCUGAGGGCGAGAGAGGAGGUCAAGGGGCCUGGAGUGGAGAGGGGCCCGGGGGAGUGGGCGGAGGUGGAGAGGUUGAGGGGUUGGUUUUUGGAGACGGUGAGGCGGGAGGGGGAGGCUGAGGGUGGCGAGGGGGAGGGCAGUGGGGAGGAGCCUGGAGAGGUGUAG